AUGGCGCCCAAGCGAACCGCCUCCUCCCAAAAAGCUGCUGCUGCCGCUGCCGCUCCCGCAGUCCACCACCCCGAGCCGCCCACCUCACCCGCGGGACCGACCGCCGCCGCCGCGAUCCCGGGCACAAUGACCUCGCAGCCCAAGGCCGUACCCAUCACCAUGACCCCCAAGAGCACCGGCAGUGGCGCCCAGAACUGGGACCAGGUCCUGGCCAACAUUUACAACCACUACGUCAAGAGCACGCCCCAGCGCACCAAGCUGAUUGAUGUCUUCAUGGCCUUUUUGGUCGUUGUUGGCGCCCUGCAGUUCUUGUACUGCGUUGUUGCUGGAAACUACCCCUUCAACGCCUUCCUCUCUGGUUUCUCUGCCACCGUCGGCCAAUUCGUCCUCACUGCAUCCUUGCGCAUCCAGACCACCGAGGCCAACAAGUCCGACUUCCCCUCUGUAUCACCCGAGAGAGCUUUCGCCGACUACGUCGCAUGCAGUCUGAUCCUGCACUUCUUCUGCGUCAACUUCAUAAACUAA